CUCCGCAAAGAGAUGCUGAGCGGAUUACGAGCCAGGAGUUCGCCAACUGCCUCCGCUCCCCAGACCUGCCCUGCCUGCCGGCAGCCUCUCCCCGCUUACCGCCGCCGCUCGGCCGCUCAGCGGGCCCGGCCCGGCCCCCGGGGCACCCCCGCGGCAGCAUGCCCCGGCCCGGGGGCGGCCGGCCGCCGGGCUGCUGCGGGGCGACCCGCGGGCGGCGCCUGACACUUGCGUGAGGGGCGGCGGGGGGACCCUUUGCCCGCCGCGGGGCUGCGCGGGGAAGAGCCGCGGGGCAGCGGGGGGCUGCCGGGUGCGCCGGCCGCCGUGAGUGCCCCCCCGGGCGGUGCCCCGCGGCCGGCAGGCGAGGCCGGCUCGGCGGAGCCGCUGGCCGCGGGGCCGGGCACCCCUCGGGGCGGGGGGGAGCCCCCGCGCCCCGGGGCCGCCAUGGUGCUGCUGUCGGGGGCCGGGGAGCAGCUGGCCGGGGAGCAGGUCUGCCCGGCGCCGGCGGCGGAGGUGCCCGGCGCAGAGAGCAGCCCCGAGCAGGGGGCGGCGGGGGCUACCGCCGAGGGGUUGGACGAGGAGGAGGAGGAGGAUGAAGACUGCGAGGAGUACGAGGACUUUUCCGACCUGCCCGACACCUGCAGCAUCGCCUCGGACGACUCCUUCUACCCGCCGGGGGGGCUGGAGGACGAGGAGGACCGCUGGUCCCUGGAGCAGGGGGAGCACGACAGCCCCGAGGCGCUCAGCCUCUUCCGAGCCUGCUGCACCAACAACGCCGUCGUGCUCAAGGCGCUCAUCCGCCAAGGCCCCGAGGAAGAGGAGGUGCGGGAGACUGACUGCAACCGCCGGAAUGGUCUUAUCGUUGCCUGUUACCAAGGUUAUGUGGAUAUUGUAAUAGCCUUAGCACAAUGCCCUCACCUUGAUGUGAACUGGCAGGACAAUGAAGGGAACACAGCUCUGAUUACAGCUGCACAGGCAGGGCAUAUAACCAUUACAAACUAUUUGUUGAACUAUUUUCCUGGGCUUGAUAUUGAGAAGAGGAAUGCAUUUGGAUUCACAGCACUGAUGAAAUCUGCGAUGCAGGGCCGAACGGAAUGCGUGAAAGCCUUGAUGAUGGCAGGGGCAAAUGUUCAUGCGACUGACCCAAGCCGUAGACUGACUCCAUGGGAAUGGGCUUGUUACACAGGAAGAUCAGAAUCUGCCUUCAUCAUGCAAAAGCUGAUGGACAGGCCGUGCCCAGAACAGGUUUGUGAUCAGUAUAAACCAGAAUGGCCAAAGAUGAAGGAACUUCUUGCCAAGGCUGCAGAGCCAAAAAGCUGUUUGCAGAGGAUUUCUGAGUGCAUGAGGGCAACUCUCUCAUUCCAGUCUUUCUAUGGCCCAGAAGAAGAUGGGGUCCUCGACCACAUGGUAAAGGUGACAACAAGCUUGGGCAGUCCUUUCAUUGCUCUGUCAUGCCGGACUGUGUGCCCAGGCAGCCCACCUUCUGUGGGAAAACGCAGGCUGGCUGUGCAAGAAAUCCUUAGGAAGCAGAGAGCCGAGGAGAUCCGAUCUCAGGACAAAGAUCACGUUAGCAGCUACGAGAAGCUGUUUCAGAACUCCAAAGUCACACUGAUCCCUAAGAAGAAGGACCGACGAGCCAGCCUGCAGCCCAUCAGCCUUGCAGUCUCUCAAGUGAACACCAUAGCCACCAGGAAAGCAAGCCUCUUGCCACUCCACCUGCUUAGACGGAGCAGUGUCAGGCCGGGAUUUGUCAUCCCCAAAGUCCGUAUCAGCAAGGCUCCUCCACCCACUUUCCAACCAGAAAAGGCGAGAAGGAGGAGCAGCGCGAAGGACGACCCCUAUUUGCAGAUUCCCAAAUGGAGGUACAAGGAGGUAAAAGAGGAGCGGAAGAAGGCAGAAGAACAGGAGAAGAAAAGAGCAGCAGAGGCUCAAAAGCAGAGGCAGGUAUCUCCUGCCAGAAGCAGGACCUGAUUUAAAGGCAGUUGUUUAGAAGGUUUCAGAGCGGUUAGUCUUGUUAUCUGAGCAAGAUAACAGAUUGAAUGCCUUCAUGCAUGCCCACUGCUCGUGGAGCUGGAAUACUGAAUAAUGGCCUUUCAGGUGCAGAAACAGGGCAAGGGCUAACCCACAGUGUGUCUGAUGGUGGAGCAGGAAGGUAAUUUGAGGUGGAAGACUUACUAAGUUUACCUGCUGUUGGUAGGAAUUCUUAAGCGGUGCAGUCCUUUUGCGGUUUCCUUUUUUUCCAGCUCCAGGUGAAUGACUGAGAAACAGCUUGAAAAACAAUAUGACUGUGAAAUGAUUGUAUUUCAUGUUUGUUCAUUUUGUAAUGGACAAAAUGCAGGAGUUGUGCUUUUGACACUAGACAUUCCUCCCUCUCCUUCCUUACGUAGACGUAUUGCAAGGUUUUAUAGUAAUAAUGAAAACUUGAAAAUAAUGAAAAUAAUGAAAAGUUUAAAGUAUACUACAGUGUUGGUGGGCAGUAAAAAUCCAGGUCUACAAUUGUUUUGAAUAUACUAAGCACUUUAUUUUAAUUCCAGUAAUCAAAGUUUAAGACAGGAUAGGUUUUGAACUGUACAGCUCUAUGCAGUCGGUAUGGAUGCAGUUCUUAAUGCUAUUGUUUGUUCUGUUGAAUACAAAAAGGGCUGCAUAUGAAACAUUUCUGUAAUUGAGGUAUUCACAUCCUCUUCAGGUAUAAAUCGGGGGCAGGGACUGAUUUGUUUGGAGCAAGAGAGAAGCUGAGCUAAUUUUUGAAUGCCACUGUCGCAUGGGAUUUGCCUCUCCCAUUAAGUUUCCCUGUAUCUGCUACCUUUGUCUCCUCUUUAGUCUCAGGGAAUAUUUUGUUAUUGCAUUUAACUAUGAUAUAAGGGAGAUGGUGAGCCACAGGUGGGCUUUUAUUGAGGUUGAUAUUUAAGUUCCUGUUA